AACAGAUCUUGUCCUUCCGCUUGCUUAGAUGCCAAAUUCAAUAGAGACGUACUACGGCCAUGUUCGCACAUGUUCAGACGCCAUACUCAUCAUCCAGGCUUGUGAGGAUGGGGUCUUGCCACGGCUUCAAAACCGCUUAUCUGAAAGAGAACGACAAUCAAUCCGAUCUGGUUCGGUCUUCGUAUGGGAUGAAGACGAAGGGGGUAUACGAAGGUGGACGGAUGGCAGAUCAUGGAGCUCGAGUAGGGUCAAUGGCAGAUUUUUAGCCUACCGGGAAAUGGAAAAGGAACCUCAUCAACCGGAUAGGCUUCAGAAUGAAGACCAUAGUCUCCGCUUCAAGGCCGAUGGUCUGAUAAAGCAGUCUUUUGGCAUCACUGCCACGACAGGACGGCGGCUGCAUUUAAUCAGCUAUCAUUCCCUCAACUACACGAACAGUCUUCGAAUUCCGUCUUCCGACCCUGCACUGCAGAGCAUCUGUCCGCGGAAACUUUUCUUCCCAAGGUCCCUAGUCAACGACCUACAGAAUUUCUCUGUCUUUGCUCGAGAGCAGGCCGAGGCUACAACAUCAAAAUCUCGUUCCGAGCUCUGUGCGAUGCCUUUGCUCAUGAGUGUGUCCAAAUCAUCACUCCCGUCAAGAGAUUCUGUUCCGACCCCAAGUGCAACGCCAACAGAAAAAGCACUUUGUUCACCCCACUCUAUCAAUAGCCCAUUUCAGCUUGACAAUCCGUCAAAUCCUUCGCAUGAAAUACAAGACAGUCCUCCAAAUCUAUUAUCGGGACAACAUAAGAUUACCGACACUUGCAAAGAAUGUCAUGCACGCAACUCCAUGUCUCAUCCUGUUCUGCCAUCAGCUCCAGGGAUGAUAACAAUAUCGCCAUUAUCCUCAAGCGUGAGGGAAUCACCACGCAGCUCACGAGAAACGCAAUCUACGCACAAUAAAGACCCUCUGUUGUCACUUAUACUUUCGUGAUGAACCCAAUGAUCUCACUUCAGAAGCUUCAAUCUUGAUUCUCGAAAUGAUUGGAGAAUCCUUGCUUCUUCCAUGGAGCGGCUCGAGCCUAAUUCUCCAGGCGGGCUACGUGGAUAGACGAGCUUUCUUUGUUCGUUAAGC